CCCCCACUCCCAGCCCACAUCCCUGCUUGUCUUCCUCCGGAGGAUUUUGGUUCCUGCAAGGGCGACGUCUCUCUCCUGCAUCAGCUUUUCUUCCAGGUCUAAAGCUUGAGCUCGUGUCUCAAAUGGAGCAAGGGGAAGAAUCAUGGGUACCAGAUUUGCCAGAACAGGGUGAAGCAGAAGUUUCGGGUACCAAAUCAAGCAUCGCGUUGGCAGAUAACUGGAUGAAAAGAAAUGUGUGCACCAAGUGUGGGAAAUGUUUUAUGCACAAAUUUGGCCUGCAGAGACAUCAGCAAACCCAUGUAGAAGAGGACAGGUCCACCACAGAGACACUUUAUGAAUGUACUGUAUGUGGAAAACAUUUUGCCAAGAGUAUGGCGCUUCUGAUUCACAAGAAAGUCCACAGUAGGAAAAAAAGCUUUAGAUAUAGAAAAUCUGGGAAACAAACAGAUUGCAAGUUACGGCUUACAAGUCGUCAGAGAUUCCAUCAAGGAGAGAAACCAUACAAAUGCCAAGAGUGCGGGAAAGCUUUUGCUCAUAGCUCACUGUUUCUGAAGCAUAAGAGAGUCCACACAGGAGAGAAACCAUACAAGUGCCAGGAGUGUGGGAAAUGUUUUGCUGAAAACACAAACCUUCUUAUCCACCACAGGGUGCACACAGGAGAGAAACCAUACAGAUGUCAGGAGUGUGGGAAAUGCUUUGCUCAGAAUUCAACUCUUCUGAUCCACCGGAGAGUCCACACUGGGGAGAAGCCAUACAAGUGUCAGGCAUGUGGAAAAGGUUUUGCUCAGAAUUCAAACCUUCUGAUCCAUCAAAGAGUCCAUACAAGAGAAAAACCAUACAAAUGCCAGGAGUGCGGGAAAUGUUUUGCUCAGAAUUCAAACCUUGUGAUCCACCAGAAAGUCCACACAGGAGAAAAAACAUGUAAGUGUCAUGAGUGUGGAAAGUAUUUUGCGCAUAAAGCACAGCUUCUGAAGCAUAAAAGAAUCCACACAGGAGAGAAACCAUAUGAAUGUAAGGAUUGUGGGAAAUGUUUUGCUUAUAAUUCGCUCCUUCUGAUCCACCAAAGAGUCCACACAGGGGAGAAACCAUAUAAAUGCCAGGAGUGUGGGAAAUGUUUUGCUUGUAAUUCACAUCUCGUGACUCAUCAGAGGAUUCACACAGGAGAAAAACCAUACAUAUGUCAGGAGUGCGGGAAAUGUUUUGCUCAGAAUUCAAACCUUCUUAUCCACCAGAUUGUUCACACAGGAGAAAAAACAUAUAAAUGUCAGGAAUGUGGAAAAUGUUUUGCUCACAGUUCACAACUUAUGAAACAUCAGAGAAUCCACACAGGAGAGAAGCCGUACAAAUGUCCAGAGUGUGGGAAAUGUUUUGCUCAGAUUUCAAAUCUUCUGAUCCAUCGGAGAUUGCACACAGAGGAGAAAACAUACAAAUGCUAUGAAUGUAAGAAAUGUUUUGCUCAUAGUUCACAACUUAUGAAGCAUCUGAGAAUCCAUACAGGAGACAAACCACACAAAUGUCAGUUUUGUGGGAAAUGUUUUGCAUAUACUUCACUUCUUCUGAUCCACCAGAGAGUCCACACAGGAGAGAAACCAUACAAAUGCCAAGAGUGUGGAAAGUGUUUUGCUUGUAACUCUCACCUUGUGACUCAUCAGAGAAUUCACACAGGAGAAAAACCAUACAAAUGCCAGGACUGUGGGAAAUGUUUUGCCCAUAGUUCACAGCUUGUGAAGCAUAGAAGAGUUCACACAGGAGAAAAACCAUACAAAUGCCUGGAAUGUGAGAAAUGUUUUGCUCACAGCUCACAGGUUGUGAAGCAUAAGAGAGUCCACACAGGAGAAAAACCAUACAAAUGUCAGGAAUGUGGAAAAUGUUUUGCUCAGAAUUCACACCUUGUGAGCCAUCAAAGAGUGCACACAGGAGAGAAACCAUUCAAAUGUAAUGAGUGUGGGAAAAGUUUUGCUCAUAGUUCACACCUAGUGAAGCACCAGAGAAUUCAUGCACGAGAUAAACCCUUCAAAUCCCAGUAACAUGAAAAUGUUUUGUUUGCAGUUCAGAUUUCACAUGUUGUGAGACACCAGAAAGUUUCAGAGGAAGUCAACAAGGACAAUAAGGAGACUAAAAAAACAAGCCCUAUGAGGAAAGACUGAAAGAACUGGGCAUAUUUAGUAUUGAGAA